AUGCUUUCUCUUAUGCAUACUUUUCCAAGGCUAUAAGAAACAGGGUUCGCACACAUUCAAUCCGCAAAUCUUUACGUACUGCCAGAGUCUAAUAUUGCUCCUCACUCUCUCUCCAAUUAAAAGCCCUGAUUGCUAAAGUUCUGUACGAUAAUAUAUUCGGAUUUGCUUCAUUUCUAUCCUGGGUUUCUCUGUUGCCUAGCUGCAUUUGCGAGGUAUGCUCAUACAAUGUUUGUAUAAAUGCCUAAAAGGGCAAUACGUGCACUAGCCCUGUUCGGUAGAUACCUAUAGACGAACUCACAACAAAUUCGAAGAAUUUUUGGUUAUGUAGAUUGACUUAUUUUACGUUGUCAUGUAAAUUCUUUCUUCAAUUAUUGUUUUGGCUGCUACUAUUAUUUUGGGCAAGUUAUCAUUUUGAUUGCUGUUUCGGAACUUUUGUUGAGGUUACUUUAGGAUACUGAGGGGUUGUCCAUAUCUUUAUUUUCUUUUCAUUAUUUUGUAUUCGUUGAUCUAGAAGCUGAGACUGUUUGGACGCCUUUCAGCUUGUAUACAAGAAAUAAAAUGUCUUGAUCAGUAGUGGGGUCGUGAAUGGCAGAAUAUGUUGUGGUUCCACUAGGCGUGCAUCUGCCUGUGUACAGAAAUGGUACAAAUAAGCAAUUCUUAACGCUUGCAAAUGCGCAGCCUCUAUUACGCAGGCAGUAUCACUCUCGAAGCUGCAAGAGUAUUCAGUUUUCGUCAUGGAAUUCUUCAAAGCUAACGUGUCACUUUACAAAUCCAAAAAUUCACGCAGUGCGGGAGAGUUUCAUGUGUUUUUGCCUGGGUGCCCUUGUAAAUGCUGAUUUUGUGUCUGCUCCUGAGUGGGUUCCCUAUGUUGAUCAGGUGCUUCUCAUGGCCAGCAUAUUUCUGACCUACAGUGCAGGAGUAAUUCCUGGUGGAAAGCCGCUUUCAGAUGCUCGUCGGAGCACCUCAAAUGAUUUCACAGUCCCAAAAAACUCUUCCCUGUCGGGUAGUUCCAUGGGGAAUGAUAAUCAAGAUAACCUUCAUUUUGCCUGGGACUUAGUUGCAGCCAAAUUACUGGAUUCCCUAUAUGCCAGGGAACAGGCUGUAAAUGUUAGCGACAGACUUUCUGGCAUCAAUGAAGACCUUGCAUUGCAUAGGUCAAGUUUGCGUGCUCUUGCAGAGCUUCCCAGGAUUCGCUGCUUGUGGACUUGUUUUAAUUGGCUCAGGAAAGAGGUGGAUCAUAUCUCCGGAAGCUCUACUGUGGAUUUGACUAUGGUUAUGACACGAAUCUUUGAGAGCUCCUUUCAGCCAUUGUGCCUGACUUGGCUUGAAGAAGAGCUUUGCCUUAAAAAUAACAGUCCUAACAAGGCUCUUCUUUCUUCGAUGAUUGAAAGAUUAAAAGGAUAUAGCAGCAUUUUGAAGUACAUUAGAAAGUCAGGCAAGGAAGAUUUAUAUGCAGAGCUGAUAAGUGCUCUUAGUUUUGGUUACAAUGGGAUGAGUGGCUGUUAUGGACCUGGCUUUUUUACCCAGCAUGGAGUCUCUGUUUUAGAAGAUUUGGUUAUUACCAUAGCGGAGGGAAUUGCAAGCAUGUACUUGGAACUUAUAUCUGUAGAUGGUAGCAUGUCCACUGAAAUGAACAGCCUCGGUUUAAAUUUGUGUACUUUGUCAACCAGAGCACUUCAGAGAUUACGCAAUGAGGUGGCAUUGCACCAGUGGUUGCAUCAGAACAUGGAAUCUGUUGUUUCUAUGUACGAAGAUCGCUUUGAAUUACGUACUUUUGAAACCCAACUUGUUGAGGAAUGCAGCCAAAGGGAGGCUGAAAACUUGGGUUGGUGGAAGAAACUUAGCCUGCAGAGAUCUAGAACUACAUCACCUUCUUUAUCUUUUCUCAUCAUAAUGCACACUUCCAUAUCUAUUAAGCGGACCAAGGAACUAAGGGCUUUGACUGGGUGGCAGUAUUACUUCAGUCUGUUUCUUGAACUGUCUGACAUUGCAACACCAUUGAUUAGAACUCUUAUUGGUAAAGUCAGUGAUGCAAUCUCCUUCUUUCUGGUCUGUUUGAUAGGGAGAUCAUUGGGGCUUAUCUACUCUGGAAUAAGGCAGUCUCUGCGAUGGAAGUGAGACAUGCCUAGUGCUUCCCUUGUUGAGUUUUUCUCGAUCAUGUGUGUCCUCUUGGCAUUGAUAUGGGGCAAAGUUCCUUCUGGAAGAGAGCACUUUGUUUUUGUUUUGAGGGUUUUUUCAGGCAAUUGUUCACUAGUUGGAUAUAAUUGCGCUUACUUUAUAUGGUCAAGGGUCGGUUUCAUUUUUUGCAGCUGUAUUUGAGACAGAUGCCCCUGUUUUUCUAGUAGCUAGAAGAUUCUUUGUUUGAGGGCCAGUAUACUUGAAAUGUUAUAGUCCUGUUCUGGAGAUCCAUAUACAUUGUUCGAAACCCAUAUCCGCCGCACAUAUUUCCCUUUGUAAUAGCCUGAGUUCAGAGACAACACAUCGUAAUACUGGAAUUGUUGGUCUACUGUCA